GGCGCCCUGAUGAGUUUCGAUUUCCAUCCUAUAUAUAUUCCCGAAUUUGAUUUGAGUUGCACGUUUCGUGUAGGAGCUGUGAGCCUUUCGACAUGAAGAAGGUGUUGACUGUGGUUGGGAUUACAGCAGGUGCAGCCUCUGCAGUGUUGCUGGCUCCUGUUGCUCUCACAGCAGCAGGUUUCACCUCCGCAGGAAUCGCUGCAGGUUCACUAGCCGCCAGCAUGAUGUCCUCAGCUGCCAUAGCCAACGGGGGCGGAGUCGCUGCCGGCAGUUUGGUGGCUGUUCUUCAGUCAGCAGGUGCUGCAGGCUUGACAGCAGGUAUGACAGCAGCUGUAGGAUCUGUAGGUGGAGUAGUAGGUGGAGUGGUAGGUGGAGUAACUGGAUGGGUGGUCAACAAAAAGCCCCCAAAACCUCCCUCCUCUCCACCUCCAGACCACAAGCAACCAAACCCACCAGACCACAAGAGUGAAUCUUCAUCCAGCGAAGAUGAGGAUGACGAUGGAGGGCCUUACAGCUGGCCUCCUUCUACAGAGCUGCAGAAGUGAUAUGCAGUGUCUUACAAUAAAGCUUUUCAUGUUUUUUUUUUUUUGUGCCACAACAUAGACAUGUCAUUUUGUACUAUUGUGAGUCACAAUAAACUCUGAAACUAUAA